AUGAUAUACCACGGCAACGAAACGCCAAAAAAUCAUAACAAGUCACCGAUUCCAUCCCAGAACAACCAGGCAGGUGCAAGCUCCCAGCAUCCACCUCCACCUCCACCAUCGUAUGAGAACUACCGUGAUUAUCCUCAACCCCAGCAUCAACCGUAUCUACAUCCCCGACCUCAUGUAGUUUCAGUUGAUAGCGCACUCCUCUAUCCUCAAAAUGAAUACCGACAGAGCCCCGGCCGGCGCUUCUUACGCGCUUUCCUUGUCGCGGGUUUGAUUUGGCUGUUGCUUACUGCGUUCUUCCAAAGUUUGCACCUGAUGGUUCGCCGGAGUAGACACGGUGGCUGGCUUGACUCCUGGGAUUAUUCAAUUCCACCGCAAGUAAAUCUCGACACCUGUGUUCAAGGCGCGAAAUGGACAGAAGUGCCCAACCCAGUGCCCGGCGAAUACUACCGACUGGCUGCCGAGACUUCCUUCGAACUUCCCCUCUCCUCCGAAACCCUGUUUCUGCUUUCACGAGGGGAUAGGCUCGGAGGCGCUGUCAAAGUGAAAACAUCGAAUGAUCAAGCAAAAGAUACCGCCUUAGUGAACGUUCUAAUCCGGUACCGUUUGCCGAUUGUAGCUGAGCGCACUAAAGCGUGCUUGGUGAACAAAGGCAACAACGAGAACGGUGUUGGUCUGUUUGCACCCGUAUACCAUGGGGGAUCUCCCGGAACAGAAUACCAAGUGUCAUUCGAAAUCACAGUCACUCUCCCUGAACACGCUGCUUCAAAUCCACUCGAUAUCAAAAACUUUGAGACGGAUGUCCACAAUAGCAGGCACGAUUUUGCAGACCUCGGGGCCAAAGUUCUCUUUGAGACUAUUACCGUUAAAGGGACAAAUGGGCGCAUUGAAACGAAGUCGUUAACCGCCCGCCGAGGGUACAUUCAAACCACAAACGGUGGCAUCGCAGGGAAGUUCAGCACAAACGAGACUCUGCGGCUCGUGACAAGCAAUGGGAGGAUCACCGCAGAUGUUAACCUGGAGUGUGAAUCUACAGAAGUGCGCCCCAAACUACAGGCUUCUACCACUAAUGGCCGCAUCGACUCGAAUAUCAACCUGAUUUCGAAGCUGGGUGGAGGGCAAGGUGGCGCCUUCGAUGUAUCCACAACCACUACCAAUUCCCAGCUCGAUGUUAAGUUCCCCAAAUCUCCAGUAGACUCUACCCUCGAUUUCACCGCAUCUACCACAAACUCACGCGCUAGAGUUACCUUGAACCCCGCGUACGAGGGCACAUUUGACCUGCGCACGUCCUCGUUUACUAAGCUUAACAUCGACCGAUACCAAGGCGAAGAUCCUGCUGGAAAGAACAGGAAGAGGCUAGUUACUUAUACCCAAGAAAGGAAGAAUCAGGCUAAGGGAUACGUCAGUUGGGAUCCAGAAAACGCUCACAGGGGAUCAGUGGUGGUCAGCACGACUAACUCUGCUCUCUAUGCUCGCAUUUAG